AUGUGCUCGACAGCUUUGGCUGCUGAACCGAAGCUUCUUACACCUAUUUUACACACUCUUCAAGAUCUGAGACAUCUUCCCGGUUAUGCCGGCUACAAGCCACAGUGUAAAUGGCGAUAUGGCGAUACCACCGGCAAUGAUACGGCAAAAUACUUUCAACAACGAAGAUCGUUAUUAUUAGAAAAUAGCAACAAAAAGGAUCCCGGGGAGGAGUGGGACAGUAAAAUCACGUUCCCUACAUUGUAUUCAAAUGAUCCAAAGCUGGUGAUUGGUGCACGCACUCGAGAAAGAGACCGCUGGCUUGCUACACCGAAGUAUGUGAUAUCUAAUCGUGAAAGAGAUGUGGAAAUCAAAGAUUUUAGUCAGAAAGCACAAAUGCAACGUGAGUUUAUCAAAGACAAGCUAGGAAUCGUCCCAAGGGUGGAACACUUCGUCACACCAACAAACUGGAAACAAGAAGCAUUCAAACUGCCUGCUUUAAAAGAAGCUGACAAUCUACAGAGCAAGGACAAAGACAGUAACAAAGACCAAGUGUCAAUGUGGUGCCCCUUGUGYGGACGAAAGGCGCCCCAAACAGUGAAUUUCAAGGCCUUUAUCAGAGAGCACCAUGUGAUGCCUAAGAAAAUAUGUCCCCCAGCAUCAACAUGGAGAGACCGACAACUUCGCGACCUGUAUUUUGAACGUCGAUAACUCAUCGUCAUGGUUUCGGGAUUUAYGAAUAGUUUACGAAUCUUUGAGAUGUAUGUUUUUGGGUUGUAAUGAACUAGUUGGAAUGUAAGUUGGAAUAAACGUACGAUAG